GGGGGAUUUGCAUAUAUCCCAUGAUGCACUUUACUUUCGAUCGCGUUCGAUUUUCCGCGCGAACGCCGGCAAACCCGGAACUGCAAAGCCCAAGAUGUAGGGCAUGGGCAUCUUCAAGAUGUUGGCCAUGUUGGACAGCAGCCAAGAGAAUUAGGUGGGUAAUUUUCGUCAUUUUUUAGAGUUCGGGAAUUGUAGUUUUCCAUGAAAAGUGUUGAUGUGUGUGAUACCCGAUGAACAUGUUUAAUUUUGAGGUAAAUGCCGAUAGACUUCUCAUGCGUAAAUCCCGUUGUCGCAUGUUGGAGAUUUGCAUAUAGUGCUAUCAAAUCUUCCGCAUUGGUUAAUCAAAUAGUGGUGCUUUUUAAAAAAAAGUGUAGUUUACGUAUGGUAGAUUGAUUGUGUGUCUAAAAAAACGAAAAGCACCAAAAAGCACUCAUAGGAAGAUCACGAAAACAGCCGCGCAGGAUCGCAUGGUUGGUCGUGUUUACAUACGCCUGACAGUCGCGCGGAGGCCCUUUAAACUCAUUAACAUAUGCAAAUAAGCCGGUAAAGAAAAGAUGGCGGACACGUAAACAAACACGAACGCGCCGUAGUUUUACCUUCCUAAAGCAAUUUAGAAAGUUUGGAAAGAUUGUUACAGUAUGGGGACUUAGCAGACAUUCAGGGAAAACCUAUUCAAACGGAAAAUGUUGUUGGUUGGACUGGAAACUCGCUUAAAAUGCGGAGUCAUGAUGUCUACUCCAUCAACGCCCCAAAAGAGGCCACAUGUUGGCGGGAGUGGUCACACCCCGUCUGGGAAGAGGAGGCAGCACAAACAUGGAAAGAAAGAUGGAGGAGCUCGCCGACCUCUCUCUUUCCUAAGUCCUAAGAUAACACGAUCUUUGGGGCACAUGCUCACCCCAAAGAUUCAACUGGCCAAGUCCCCUCGGCCUGUGAAACACCAUCAGUGGACUGAUAAGGAGGACAAGGCAUUGAUCCAGUUUUUGGAUCUAAGCCACCUUGAUCAGGAUGAAAAUGUCACUGACACAGCAUCCUGGCCAAUGAGGCACGCUAACAGUCCCUUUUGGACAGAGGCUGCAACAUCAAUCAAGACGGCAACCAGGAGCAGUGAACUUCUUUCAGCAAACACAGUGAGGAACAGGUGCAGGAAGUGGAGGACGAAAUUCGACGAAUCCCUUGAAGCUGCUGUGAAGUCUUUUGGUCUUGAGACGAAUUCAAUCAGCCGUGCAAAGAAAACCAAAGAAACAGUCAGCAGGGGAUGCCAGACAAAGAAGUUGACUGUGGACCAGCAAACACAAACUGAACAUAGCUGCCAGGAUGAUGUCACAACAGUACUGUCUUCUUGCAAGGCCCUGACCCAAUCAGAAUUUGAUUCUUUCAUGCUUAUGCUGCUUCCUCAAAUCGUUCAAUCAUCUUCAGUUCUAUCCUUUGGUGAUAAACUGUUCUCAGUUGUAGCUACAGCAAAGAAUAUUUCCACAUACCCAACCGACUUCUUUUCAAAGUCCAUCAAUGCCAUGUCCACCCUACAAGAACACAACAAGCCCAACAUCCUGUACAAGUUUGCCCACAUCUUGAGCACCAACAGGCCUGGCACCUCCACACCUCUGCUCCAAAUUGACAGGAUGCCAUUUGGAUUACUACAAUACCAGAUGGAGUUCUUCAGUGCCACCAAUGUACAUCAGGUCAGCAUUUCUCCAGACCAUGCCAGCUGGUUGGAGAGCAUGUGUGCUGAGUUUCCAACCAGGUUCUUGAGGCUGUUUCGGGGGCCAGGGUGGAGUGGCCUGGAAAGCACUGACUUGGACCCAUUGAAGGCACAUAUUAAUGUCGCCAUCGCUGCACUGGAAUCCUUUGCCAAGAUGAAGCCAGGAGCACGUGUCUGGUUUAAGGCUGAUGCUUGUGAUUUGAAGGUUGCUCUGCAGACAUCUACAAAGGGCAAAUGGGCUGGAGACGUUGAUCUUGGGGAUGGAAGCCUGGAGAAGCUAAGGGCUGACAACGACAGACGCAUGGUCCUUGUCAGGGAAGCUGGGAAGUCCUGCGUGCCACGCAAUCUAGAGGCCUGUCUCCUCAGUCUCCUUCAGGAUCUUGGAGAAGACAUUGAUCUGCUGAAAGGUGGCCUUGAGGCAGCAAACAAGAGGUAUAAGAAGAAAUUCGAGCAGGCUAACUCAUCUACAGAUGUGCUGAAAAACCUGGCAUGGGACAGGGUAGAGUACAAUACCCUUCUGGAGCAGGCCAAAGCCUUCUAUGAAAGGUAUGAAAGGCUGCUGGCAGCUCUUGGAACUGCUUCCCCUCAACCUGGCCGUGUGGCCCAAUGUCUGGUGGAACUGAGAGAAGACAACAAAACCUACUUGCACAAUCUCUUCAAGAAGAAGAGAGUGGCUGCUGAUCAUGCAUUGGUCGUUAUGGUGUCUGACGAAAGACGAAAUCAGAAGCCCUAUGCUGUGCCAAUCCUGCUCAUUCCAUAUCACAGUAUCCGGGAUCAGUUCCUCCAGCAGUUCCUGGACAAGUGCCAUGAGGAGGCCAAGAAGCUGGGACUGAUACCUGUUGAUGUCCUGGAUCGUGAUGUUAUCCUGAGGUACUACCAGCUUCGUGACGAGGAUGAGAACGUCGCCACAUCCAUUCAGGUUUACGCGUACCUGAACGGAUUUACAGUAAACGGAGCCAUGGACCUCCUGUUUAUCUGGGGCCCUACUGGCGGUGACGCCAAGGUGUUUGUGUGA